AUUUCUCAUUUCCCUCUGACUAACAAUAGCUCUUUUUGUACCAAUUUUCAGACAAACCCUAGUGAAAAUCUCAUAAGCGAAAUCGGAGAAAAUGGAUUCCACCACUCAAAUACCGGUCAAGAAAAACCCUAAGAAGGCCAAUCUUUUGGAUCAUCACUCUAUCAAGAGCCUUCUGGAUGAGUCUGUCACUGAGAUUGUUACAAGCAAAGGAUACCCAGAAGAUGUGAGAUUGAGUAACAUCAGGUUAUUGAUUGGUUCAAUCAUAAUCGCAAUUGCUCUUGUUGCUCAGUUCUACAAGAAGGAUUUUCCUGCUAAUCGCGAUUUUCUCAUUGGAUGCAUUGUGUUGUAUAUCUUGUUUAAUGUGAUAUUACAGCUGAUUAUCCACACAAAGGAAAAGAAUGCUAUUUUGUUCACCUAUCCUCCGGAGGUUAGUGAUCCGUCAACAUGUCUUUUUCUGCAUCAUUAUGUUUGUGAAAUUCAACAUGCUAGCCAAUAUUAUAAACACUAAUGGAUAAGUUAUUAUCAUGAAAACUGAUUAUCAACUUAAGGUUAAUCAACUUCAUCAAGACAUUGGAUAGUUCUUUGCUGAAAGUGACAUUUCGAAUAGAACUGGAACAGUGAUUUAUCUACAAAGAAAAUUUAAUAGAAAAAUCUGACUAUAAUAGGGUUUAAAGAUCCGAAUCAAAGUGGUGAAUAAUCCGUUAUAACUAUUAACUCUCGACCACUAGUUUUCUAACUGCACCACAUUUUGAUGCAUACUACAAAAAGACUUCUAUUUAGAGGUGUUGGAGUUUUUCCAUACAAUAAAUAAGAAUUUAGUGGAUGAUAAAGUUGUGGGAACAGGUGAUCAUUGGUUGGUGGAUAGUCUUCUAGUGUAUUAAGUACAAAAAA